GGAAUGUCUUGCCGUGUACAGCGGUGCUGGCCGGAUGGUGGUGGAUCCACAGCCUGGGCAGAGGCCGUGCGGAUGCGGGGCGUUCCGGCAAAACUGCUGAGUGUUGCCUUUCCUGCCACGAAAGAGCCAGAGCAGCUUGAACUAAAUCGGAUCCUGCUGAUUGGAAUUAGUUCAAAUGCAGAUGGAGCUAACUAAGCCGGCGCUAAGCGUUGGACAGCCCAGUGCCCAAUUCCCAUCAGCUGAUUCAGGGGCUUUUCUGAGCAGCAUUAACAAAAUGCCACCGUGGCACAGAUGCCCAUUGUGCCGGGCGCCCACCCUCCCGCCCACAGGCGCUCUGGGAGCUUGGGGCCCCCGGCAGGGUGCCAGGGUGGACAGAUGGAUGGUGUUGUGGCACCAGAGCCCUCGUGGUUCUGAGUGUGCCUGUGAAGUGCAACGUAGCUGUCGGAAAAAUGAUCUUCGCCGCGAGACGCCGGGAGACGAGGGCAGAGCUGGGGUCUGAAUUAAUCGGUGCCUUUAUUCGGUUUGGCAGGUGGCUCCUGCAUCUCAGUGGUGCUCCCUGGGCAGGGUUGGGAUGGCUCCAGGAAGGUGCUGGGCUGUGUAUGGCAAUGAUGGUGACAACUUAUGCCGGCGUGGGGGUGUCCCCAGGGACGUGCAUUGCUGGGCCCCAGAGUCAAGGGUGCCCUCAGCUGCUGUGACAGGUCACCAGCACCUCCCUGGACCAGGGCUGCAUCCGUGCCCACCCUGUGCCUGCACAUGGUUUUGGUGACCCCCUGGGUGCUUUCCUCUUGCCUUCCCUGUGCUGGCACAUGGAUUCAGUGAUCCCCUGGGUGCUUUCCUCUUGCCUUCCCUGUGCUGGCACAUGGAUUCAGUGGUCCCCUGGGUGCUUUCUUCUUGCUCUCAGCUGUUUCCCCCAAGGACCAUCAGUUACCUGAUCCUCAUCCAGCAAUGGCACGGGCCGCCCACGGCGCCAGUGUCUACCAGGGACACGGGUCAAUGUCCCCAUGAGGAGCCGCCUCUCCGCGGGGAGGAGGUGACGUCCGUUGCUAAUCGGCCAGAUGGUGACACCCGGCGGGACGCCAGCCCUGAGGUCGCUGCAGAGCUGGGGCUCAGGUACAGCAGGAGCCAGUGCCGUCAUCCAUCCCCCGCAUGGCCCUGGGUGCCCUGACCUGCGUCCACCCCGCAGGGACGGGGAUGGGGACAGGGAUGGGGUCAGGCGGCUCCUGGCACGGAAAAUCCAGGCGGUGGGCGCGUGCCGGGGGAGCCGAGGCACCGGGAGCAGGGCUGCGUAAUGAACCCCGAGUCCCGGCGGGGAGAGGCGAGCUCCUGGCAGUCAAGUGUGCUCAGCCUCUGAAUAAGAAGCACUUCAUUCUCUUUUCAAACUGUAUAAUUUCUGCCUGAUUGUAAUGGCAUAUUUUAAAAUUACCAGAAAUCGAAGCCAGAAAAUGGAUACGGCUGCUUUUACUGCGAGCUGCGUUAACAAAGGAUAUGUAAUGCAUGAAAUAAAAACACCUCCCUGCCCCCCUCCUUUUUUUUUUUUAAGACAGUAAUAGGAGAAAAUUGGUUUUGAAACUGAAUAAAAGUCCCUUUCAGAGGAAAUCAUUUCUUUCAGGGUACCUUUGCUGAAAGUAAAAUAGUGAAUAAUGAAAGGUGGUUACAUGAUUGUCUUUCAUUUAGAGAGCGCGAGGACAGAUGGAAUCUGGGAGAAAUGCACGAUUGGAAUAAUUGCAUGGUAACAAGGCGCUUGUUGUGAAAUUAGUAUCUUAAGAAAGUAGUGAAAAAGGCUUUUACUCAUGAAUACUUCAUUAUUAGGAGAAAACAGCACAAUUUGGGUUCUCCAGACACCUGCUCGGUAUUAGAUUACUUCCUCCUCCCCUCCUCCUCCUCACACCUUUUGCCGAUGAGUCUCCAUGCCACCACUUUGCUGGGGGGGAUGGGGUGAGACCCCCAGCCCCAUGGGCAGAGCCCAGCCAAAGCACAGACACCCUGCACGGAUCCCAUUCCGGGGACAAUCCCAGGGCCUGGGACCCCCUGCCUGCAGGAGCAAGCGGCGCAUCUGCGGGUACCGUCUGUGCCUGUGGUGGCUGUGAAGGGGUUUCAAAGGGUGACAUUUAAACCAGUGAAGCACAGAGAGCCCCGGGCGCGGCUCUGGGAUCAUCCGUCCGUGCUUUGCUUCUUGGCGGUGAUGGCCACGGGCUCUGCCAGCGCCUGCCCGAGGCCACCACGUGCCCGAGGCCACCACAUCGCUCCCCUGCACGGCAGUGCCAGCACCGCUCGCCAACACUGGGACAUGUGGGAAACAUCCCGGACGGCUGCAGGAGGUCAUGAUUCUCCCACAGCAGAGAAGAUGGAGUGAUGUACCCCGCAGUGACACCCAUCCGUGACCUCCAGUUGUGACCCCCGGCAAUCCAUAAGCGUUCAGCCAGAGAGCAAUGGCUCAAGAGCUGUGACACCGUGGAUGGGCACCACUGCCUGUUUUCCUGCUGCUCCCGCCCACGUCUCCCUGCCCUCUCCAAGUGGGAAUAUCUCUUCCCGCACCAGCCGGAGCAGUGGGAGGGUGUCAGCAGCAACUGGUUAUAACUCACGGCCUCGCGGCGGCUGGUGAAGGACUUACAAUGAGCAGCGCGGUGGCGGCGGUGACUUUGGCCUGACCCCUCCAGCUUUUGUCGAGCAGAUUUUGAUGCCAGCUGGGAGCUGGCGACAGAUCCCAGGACCCAGAGUGGGAUGUUAACACUGUCUUUCCCCAGCCUUGGCCAGGGUCACUCUGUGCCGGGAGGUGCUGGCUGGCACGCUGGCAGAGCAGUCUGGCGCUGCUGGAGCGCUGUGCCGGGGGGAUGCCCCAGCUCUGCCCCAUUCCCGGUGGGAAGGGCAGAAAGCUCUGCAGACAGCACAAAUCACCCACUGAGACCUUCAUAUUUCUUUCAUAUACAUUCCUAUUUCUUUCAGGCUUUCAGAGUUGGUUAUUUAUCUCCUGAGGAGCAAAGGGCACUGAGUGCCGUGGAGGUCCUGCCGCCGGCUCUGCUGGGUGGGCAUGAGGGUAGUGGCGGUGGGGUGGGCAAGUCCCCUCCCUCACCCGUGUCUCUUCUCUCUCACAGGGUGCGGGGCGGCAGCACCCGCCAGGAAACCCAGACCAUGCUGGCCUGUCUGCAGAGGACCCAGAACCCCCCAGCCCAGCACCUCCCCUGCCCCAACAAGGCGCUGGAGCCGCGCAAGUGUGAGACGGUGGCACCGAUGCAUUCCCCACGCUACCCCAGCCCCGCCGAGCUGGAUGCCUACGCACAGAAGGUGGCCAACAGCCCGCUGACCAUCAAGAUCUUCCCCACCAACAUCAGGGUCCCCCAGCACAAGCACCUUAACCGGACGGUCAACGGCUACGACACCACAGGGCAGCGGUACAGCCCCUACCCCCUGCACGCUGGUGGCUACCAGGGUCUGCUGGCCAUCGUCAAAGCCUCCGGCAAAAGCGUGGUGAAGAACUCGGAGGGGAAGCGGACUAAGCUCUCGCCCGCCCAGGUGGGCGUUGCUCCCUACCCCGCCUCAAGCACUUUAGCUCCAGGUCCCUCCUGCGCCGGGCAGCUGAACUACCACGGCGGCCAGAAGCAGCUGGAGGGUCCUGUGCCCAACGUGACGGUGGCGGCCUCAGUGCUGCCACUGGCGGGCAGGAGCCUGGCCCUGCCACCCUCCAACCUGCCCUCCAUCCAGAGCAUCAUCUACCAGAUCAAUCAGCAGUGCCAGGCGCAGGGUGCCCAGCCGGGCUGCCCGGCCGUUGUGGCCGCCCACCCCAGCCCGACCAAGCACGGCGCCUUCGGCACCGCCUACACCGGCACCGUCCUGCCCGAGUGCCGCAAGGGCGCCGACCUGGCGCUGGGCUCCAACCCGGCCGCCGCCCUGGGACCCAAGGCGGGCAUCUACCCCGAGGGCAUGGACUACCUGGUCUGGCAGCAGAAGCAGCAGCAGCAGCACCUGCGAAUGUACAGCGGGGGCAGCGGCGGUGGGGGGGCCCUCAGCAAGUCCCCCGAGACGUGUGCGGGCGCCUCGCGCCCCUACGGCCUGGGCGGCGCGGCCGAGAAGGUGAGUUCGUCCCCCUUGAACUGCAUGCACGGCAACUUCUCAGUGGGGCAGUACUUCGCUCCCCCCUGGAAUAGCAUCCUGGUGACCCCCAACAGCGACUGUUACAACCCGCCGGAGUUGGGGGCUGGGCCCCGCGAGCUGGGGGUGCCCCCGGCCGAGGGGCUGCCCAGCAAGACACUCUGCAAUACCUCCAUCCUCAGCAGCAGCCUCCAGUCCCUGGAGUAUCUCAUCAACGACAUCCACCCGCCCUGCAUCAAGGAACAGAUGCUGGGCAAGGGCUACGAGACCGUGUCUGUGCCAAGGCUAUUGGACCACCAGCACGCCCACAUCCGCCUGCCCGUCUAUAGAUAAGGGACCGAUGCUGCUCUUCCCAAACCCAGGGCGAGGACUUUGGUGCGAGCUGCGCUCCCCUCCCGCACUGCACCGGUACCAAACCGUGGCAGCGAGGGCAGGGGGACAGGGAGGGGGACACAGGGUCGGCUGCCUAAAGGGCUCCUGGGACACUGGCAUUUCACCGGGGUCCCCAGACUGGAUACACCCGCGACCCGCUGGAAGCCGAGGCCGAAGGACCGCUUGUUGUCUAUAUAGCUCAGAAAUCAUUUUAUCUCCACGAAUGUGAACAGGGAAUUGCUACGAGUUGCUGCUAUCCAGGGAGGGGAGGCUCUGCCACGCGCUGGCAGCGCUGCGUCAGUGUGGGGCAGAGCCCUGUGCUGUGGCUGGCCAGGGGGCUCCAUGGUGGAUCCUGGCCCAGCUGUGUCCAGGAGGCUCCAUGGUGGCCAGUCCUAGCCCAGUGGUGGCCAGGAGGCUCAGUGGUGGCUGGUCCCAGCGCAGCCACGGCCAGGAAACUCCAUGGUGGCCGGUGCCAGCCCAGCAGUGGCCAGGAGGCUCUAUAGUGGCCAGUCCCAGCCCAGCGGUGGCCAGGAGGCUCCGUGGGGAGCAGUCCCAGCCCAGUGGUGGCCGGUCCGAGCCUGCUGUGUGGCCAGCGCGUGGCCACCUGACCUGUAGCUGAAGUCCGUAACUUGCACUGCUUUGAUUAAAGCUAAUAACUGGGGACAGUCUGGAGGCUAUUUAAGAAAAACACUUGAAAACUUGAACAGAUUUUUUUUUUUUUUUAAUUUUUAUUUUUUUUUUAGUUGACUAGGCUGUACAUCUAUGUGUUGGCUGCUACAGAGUCUCCUCCCACCCCUCUUCCUCCUCAUCCUCCUCCUCUCACCCGGCCCCGCGGUGGCCACCGGCUCCUAUUCCCACUCAACCUGGAGGUUCAGGACCCCCUCUUCCCUUGGAACCCCCCAGCUCUCACACUUCCAGGCUGUUUUAUUUCCUCCCCUUACUGUCAGUUCUACCUUGGUUCUGGGUUAGAGGUGACCGCGGUACCAGGGCACUCACAUACCUCCUUUUUUUCUCUUUUUUUUUUUUAAAAAAAACCCCAAACAAUUCCAAAAUGCUCAUUAUGGUCCGUUAUUCACUCUGUGUAAUUCCGUGUUUGAUAGAUUUGUUCAUUUAAAAAAGGCUCCUCACCAGGAAAUACAAAGUGUUUUGAUGUUUAAAGGUAAAAGAAGAAUAAUAUCCCAAUGAAACCCAAGGUGAUUGUGCUCGGAAAAGAGGUACUGUAUCCCUGAAAGCCUGUUCAAGCACUAAGUGCAUUUACAAAUCUCUGAGAAUGUUUUUUUUUUAUACUAAAAUUGACCAUUAUAUUCUACUGUGAGAAGUGCUGGCUGCACUAUAUUGUUUUAAAAAUGAGAAAACAAAUGGAAAAAAAAAAAAAAAAAAAAAA